AUGCCACCAGCCAUGUUUGAUAAAGUUGUACAGAGUCUGACCCCCAGAUUGACCAAGCAAGACACCAAUUACCGAGCAAGCCUGGAAACUGGUCUCAAAGUGGCAAUCACCCUACGGCACCUGGCCUCUGGUAACACCUACAGAAACAUGCAAUACGCCUGGAGGGUUCCCUACAACACCAUCAGUGUGGUAGUCAAAGAAGUGGUAAAGGCCAUCAUUGAGGAGUACACAGAUGAACUCUUGUUUUGCCCAACAACUGAACAAAGAUGGAGAGACCUGGCUGAACAAUGGUACCAGAGAGACACAGUUGGUGCCAUUGACGGCAAGCACGUGGCCUGUAAAGCUCCUCCUAAUUCUAGCUCAGAAUUCUACAACUACAAAGGGUUUUACAGCGUGAUCCUGUUUGCCAUGGUGGAUGCGGACUACAAGUUCACCUACAUUGACAUCUCAGACAAUGGCUCAUCCUCAGACGCUCAGAUCUACAACGAAAGUGAUCUCCAUCGUGGGCUCGACCAGAACAGGAUUCAUGGCUUUCCUCAGCCAGACCCCCUACCCAAUGACAGUCAGGAUGUGCCUUAUUUCAUCAUCGGGGAUGACGCCUUCUCACUGCGGACCUACCUCAUGAAGCCGUACAGCACCAGAAACCUCACCAAGGAAGAGCGCAUCUUCAACUAUCGGCUCUCCAAGGCAAGAUGGGUCGUGGAGAAGUCUUUCGGCAUCUCUGCCAAUAGGUUCCGGAUUCUGCUCACCACCAUGCAACAUCACCAUGAAACUGUUAGAACCAUCGUGGAAUGUUGCUGCAUCCUCCACAAUCUGCUACCCAGUGCUCCAGAACAGACUUUUUGA